UUCCGGAGACGAUGCCUGUGUGUUGAGUCAAACCCGGUGGCUGGGCUAGAUCUGCAGCCGGGCAGCUGAGCACGAUUGACCGUGGUUAAUGUUUGAUCACUGACUUCCCCGCCUCCUGCCUACCGCAAACCCAGAAAGGGUGCUCUUGGAGGGCGGGUCAGGGCGAAUGCCAGGAAGCUGGAGGGGGACAGGAGGGCUGCAGCAAAGUGAGUGCCCACUGCAAAGAGGGGCAGGGCGGGAUCGCCAGGGGCUGCGGGUGUCUGUCUCAGCCGGGCUGGGAGAGUAGAAACUCCUUCCUCCUCCUCCUCCUCCUCCCCCUCACUCAGGCACACUCAUCUCAAAACCCCACCCCCAGGCUCCACCAGCCUCUUCUAGGUUGGUCUGCUCCAGGAAGCUUUCAUGAAAUUGCUGAAAUACUGAGUUAUUUUUUUUUGGUCAAGUGAACUCAAGUGAGAGAAAGUCCUGCGUCCACUUGGGAGUUGCCGCCAAAGAACUCUGGGCUCUGCUGGGAGAAGAAAAGAAAGUUGGAGAAGUUUUUGAAUCUGGCAGCGUGACUCUCUUCUUAAUGGCUUCAUCCAGGAGCUCCAGCAGUGACUGCUCCACGGUCAUUGAUCACAGCCAUGUCCCAGCUUUUGAGGUGGCCACCUGGAUCAAAAUCACCCUCUUCCUGGUGUACCUGAUCAUCUUUGUGGUAGGAAUCCUGGGGAAUAGCGUCACCAUUCGGGUUACCCAGGUUCUGCAGAAGAAGGGCUACUUGCAGAAGGAGGUGACAGACCACAUGGUGAGUUUGGCUUGCUCAGACAUCUUGGUCUUCCUCAUUGGCAUGCCUAUAGAGUUUUACAGCAUCAUCUGGAACCCCCUGACCACACCCAGCUACUCCUUGUCCUGUAAGCUUCACACUUUCCUCUUUGAGACUUGCAGCUAUGCCACGCUGCUACAUGUGCUGACGCUCAGCUUUGAGCGCUAUGUGGCCAUCUGUCAUCCCUUCAGGUAUAAGGCUGUUUCUGGGCCCUGCCAGGUGAAACUGCUGAUUGCCUUUGUCUGGGUCACCUCUGCCCUGGUAGCAUUGCCCUUGCUUUUUGCCAUGGGUGUUGAGUACCCUCUGGUGAAUGUGCCCAGUCAUCGGGGUCUCAGUUGCAACCGUUCUCGAACCCGCCACCAUGAGCACCCUGAGUCCUCCAACAUGUCCAUCUGUACCAACCUCUCCAGCCGCUGGACUGUGUUCCAGUCCAGCAUCUUUGGUGCCUUCAUCGUCUAUCUCUUGGUUCUGGUCUCCGUGGCCUUCAUGUGCUGGAACAUGAUGCAGGUGCUCCAGAGGAGCAAGCAGGGCACGCUGGCUGGGACCGGGCAACAGCUGCAGAUGAGAAAGUCAGAGAGUGAGGAGAGUCGGACUGCCAGGAGGCAGACUAUCAUCUUCCUGAGUGAGUCACUGUGGAGGGCGAUCUGGGAGCAGCACCCCACCUUCACCUGAACCAUUUCCUAUGGUCCUCUUGUUGAGACGUCUUGCCCUAAAAGUCUAAAUUUAAGUUCAUUGAGGCUGAAGUCAUAGCAGAAUUAGGGCAUUGAUAUUGAUCUGUG